CUCUCUUCCCCCACGUCCAUUUCCCGACGACCAUGCACUGCCCCCAGCCUCACAUUACUUCUUCAUCAACAACCGCCGCUUCCGUCGCGUUUGAUUUAAAACCGGCCAAACGUCGUGGCAGUUACAACUGUGGGAGAUGUGGGCUGCCCAAGAAAGGCCAUGUUUGCGAAGUAAGCCCCUGUAAUACCACUACUUUAACUUCCACACCAACCUCAACCCCAGCCGCUGCUACCAACACCGAGACUUCCUCAUCUGCAGCCCGUCCUCCUCAUCCUCACUCUGCACGUCAACCAUAUUCCCAUCUUCGACGUGCACUUGAUUUUGACGACGUCGAUAUCCGUUGUGACACGACGCAACACGAUUUAGAUGGCUACGAUAAUCCCUUCCCCGGUAGGGAUCCGGAUCCAGAUAGUGAAAUAGUCUCCGGUGGGUUACCGGUAGGGUGUCUGUGGGAGAUUCUCCGGAGGUUGCCUCCGGUGGGGCUGUUGGCAGCUGGGAGUGUGUGUAAAGGGUGGAGGGAAACCACAAAGAGACUGUGGAGGGCGGUGGAGGAGCUGAGGCUUUUGGUCCGCCCUGAGGCUCAGCUUAGAUUCAUCGGAUCAGUUUUACAGAAAUGCCCGGGCCUUAUUAACCUUUCUCUUAAGGUGGAAAGUGAUGUGGAUGCAACAAUGCUGGCCUGCAUUGCGUUUUCUUGCCCUAAUCUGGAGUCCAUGGAGAUUUCUACAUCGGAUGCAGCUGUCAAUAGGAUCACUGGAGAUGAAUUGGGUCGUUUUGUUGCCGAUAAACGUUGUCUGGUGAGCCUUAAGAUGGAAGGGUGUUCCAAUUUAGGGAGCUUUGUGCUGUCUUCAUCAAGUCUUUCUACACUUUGGCUUUCUGAUCUUUAUUCUCUUUCUAAGACGGUUCUGAAUUGUCCCAACUUGAAGGAGAUAUCCUUAGAAUUUUCUCGCCAAGAAAAUGAUUCAACCGAUCUUAUUACCCUGGUUGAUGCUAUGGGAAGUUGUCCAAGGUUGCAAAAUAUACACAUUGCAUCAGUUCGACUUUCACAUGCCGUUGUUCUUUCUCUUACAGCUGCAAACUUGAGGGGCUUGCGGAUGCUUUCUCUUGUUCUUGGAUCAGAAAUCACGGAUGCAUCUGUUGCUGCUAUUGCUUCAAGCUAUUCAAAAUUAGAAUUACUUGAUCUGAGUGGAUCAAGUAUUACCGACAGUGGCAUCGGAAUGAUAUGCAAUGUGUUCCCCAACACAUUGUCAAGACUCCUCCUUGCUCUUUGUCCGAAUAUCACUUCAAGUGGAAUUCAGUUCGCCGCUGCUCAACUACCUCUUCUUGAACUCAUGGAUUGUGGGAUGACCAUAUGCGAUAUCGACUCCCAGAAUUCACCUGGCAACGACGAACCUCCGAAUGUAUUGAACAGCAAACUGCACCUUAUGUACCAGAAACUUAUCAUCAAACACAGCCGAUUAAAAAAACUCAGCUUGUGGGGUUGUUCUGGCUUGGACGCUUUAUGUUUAAGUUGUCCAGAACUCAACGAUCUUAAUCUCAACUCUUGUAAAAACUUGCAUCCAGAGAAAUUGCUACUUCAAUGCCCGAGUUUACGUAAUGUGCAUGCAUCAGGAUGCAAUGAGUCGUUAAUUGGGUGCAUUAAAAGCCAGUUGAGUGAGAGCUUGGCUUCCGUGGAGAACCAUAUUCCGCGCAAGCGUAUGGCUGAUGGGUCCAAGAGGAUUCAAGCACCAAAUUGUGGGAGUCAACAGGUAUAGUUUUUAUAGGAGAAAUUG